AUGAUGGGCGGCAAGGUUUACGAGGUGGACUUCCUGUCUGUUAAGAAGCAAACGACCGACGCAGCUUCUCCAACAAAGCUCGCGUCCAAUACGCUAGUUCUAGAUCUGCUCAGCACAGAGAAGGGAUCUGGGGUCAAAUUGAUGAUCCCGUCAAGGGAGCAAGAUGUCAUCAAGCAUGCGCUAGACUGCUUGCCGUGGACGUCCCUUUCGUGGAGUAUACACCGCGGGCUGAAAGACAUUCUAGUAGCGUAUGCCCGGCCAGUCAUGGAUUCGUUCCGGACCGAGCUGGCCGAUCUGCUCAAACAAACGGUGAACGAACAACCGCACUUGCUUGAUCGCCGGGGCUGGAACCCGCAAUUCGUCCGGCAAAGCAUGGGAGAGAUGGCAGCGUCCGCUGUGCUGGCCAGCGAAGGCAACUCGGGUGAUCUCGUGCGGGUCGUCACGGAUAUCGUCAUGGCUCUGGUGGACGGGUGGGAUGUCGCCCAGCUCGACGAGGUGACCUUUUGGAGGAAUGCGGCGCCCGACAGGACGCUGGACUUGCAAUGGGAUCGUGGCGCUGACGAAGGUCUUUGUGCUCGAAUGGAGUAA